CACCACGUCCAUUCAACAGAGUGCUGAUUGAGCCAAUCUCAUGGAAUGGACUGAUCCUACUCUGAGCUAUUCGUCAAGUGUUCGAUGCCGUCCCAUCUAGCUCAAAGGUCACUACAUCAUCUACCGAUACCGUGAUGGGUGCCGUGAACCCUGUGACAUCAUCGGCAUUUUCCCCGAGGUAACAUAGGCCGCCAUGACGACGAAUUACUCUUAAUAUGAGUACCAUAAAAACCCACUAAGAGAACAGUAUUGUACAUUUAAAAAACACGAAUAGCGCCGACAUGCUCGCAUCAUCCGCUUCGCGUUCCUUACGCACAACAUCCACAAACAGACUAUCGCAAAUAACGCGACAACUUCACCCACAACAAGUCAGAAUGGCACACAAUGGCACAACCUUUACUCUCAACACGGGUGCAAAGAUCCCAGCUGUUGGAUUUGGAACAUGGCAGGACAAGGAGGCUCAGGAGCCAGCCGUCACCAUAGCCCUCAAGUCCGGCUACCGCCACAUUGAUACAGCACGCAUUUACGGCACCGAACCGGCAGUAGCCGCCGCCAUUAAGAAAUCUGGCAUCCCUCGUUCCGAGCUAUUCAUCACGACUAAGCUAUGGAACAACUCGCACCACCCCGAUGACGUAGAAGCUGCUCUCGACGCUUCGCUCAAAGACUUGGGAACCGACUACCUCGAUCUCUACCUCAUGCAUUGGCCCUCUCCCUUCGCUCGCAGUUCAGAGAUGUUCCCGAAAGACGCCAACGGUAAGACCAAGCCCGGCGACAGCGACUACGUCGACACAUACAAAGCCAUGGAGAAAUGCUUCAAGAGCGGGAAAGCCCGCGCAAUCGGCAUUUCCAACUUCAGCAAAGGUGAACUCGAGCGGCUGAUCAAGGAAACUACCGUCGUUCCUGCUGUCCAUCAGAUAGAAUGUCAUCCCUACCUCCAGCAAAACGCCUUCUCGGACUACCACAAGCAGCAAGGCAUCCAUGUAACACAGUAUUCACCUUUUGGAAACCAGAAUGAAAUCUACGACUCCGGGAAGAAUAUGAACAAACUCAUGGACGACCCAGUGCUCGUUGAGAUAGGAAAGAAGCAUGGUAAGACAGGCGCGCAGGUUGCGCUGGCUUGGGGUAUUGCCAUGGGCCACUCUGUUAUCCCAAAGAGUAAGACAGAGUCGAGGAUCAAGGCAAAUUUGGAGGGUGAUUUUGAAUUGCCUAGUGAGGAUGUUGAGGAGAUUGCCAAGAUUGACAAAAAGUUGAGGUUCAACGAUCCGAGUGCUAACUUUGGAUGGAAUUUCUACUCGGAUCUGGAUGGCAAGAAGAAGUAAGAUAGUAUAGCGUACCAUGUAAAGCAUGUCAUCACUGGA